CAACCAAUGCACUGUAUCUUGCAUGACUUCACUUAUGUGACCAUCCUCAACAAACAAGUCUGUAUGUGCAAUCUUGACAUACUUCGUACAAUAUAAAUAAAAAGAAUACUGGAAAAUAUACUACAGUUGGUAAACAACUCUGGUGAAAAUAGGGGAGCACGUAUCCAAUGGUUUUGAAAGGCUUGUUUUUCAGGCAGUUCAUGGAGCAACAACGUAUGUAUGUUUAGGGUGGACAGUUUUACACAACAUUUCAGUGCAAUUCAGAUGGGAAACUAUCCGUCCAGUCCAUCAGGUUCCUCCAAUAGAGCAUCUGCCAGCUUUGUUCAGGAAGUGGUUUCACAUAACUGCAUUGUGAUAUUCUCCAAAACCACAUGCCCUUAUUGUCGAUUGGCUAAAAACGUGUUUAACGAAAUCGGCACCCCGUAUAAAGUAAUCGAAUUGGAUCAGCAUGAAGAAGGAAAACAGCUUCAGGACACUUUGGGUGAAAUGACCGGGGCGAGGACGGUUCCAAGAGUGUUUGUAAAUGGUACAUGUAUUGGUGGCGGUUCAGAAGCAAAAGAACUUCAUCAAAGAGGCAAGCUGUUGCCGUUGAUACAGCAGUGUGCCCCGUGCUGUGAGGGAAGUGGAAUGGAUGACUCAAGUGGGGCUCAGCCUGCCUCCUAUAACUUAUAAUGGGCCCUGGAAAUAUAAUCUCUUUGGACUGGCAAUGAGCAGAGCUUGUGUAUUACACAUACUGGUACCAGGAGGCUACAGGUGUUCAUACUGUAUUUUAGUUUUUUUUAAAUCAUCAGACAUCUUAUUUUCACACGGUUUAGUUGGGAAUUUUAGUGAGCAUGUAAAGUGAAGAUUAUGGUGAUUAUCAUGUUGCUGCAUUAAAACCCAAGAUAAAUCAUGCCCCUGCAGGGUUGCCUGUCUUUAAAGCAGAGCUUGAAGGCCAUUGUGUAAUCUGUCCACCACUUCAAAUUUAAGUUGGCAGCCCACAUGCAUGCAUGCAUGUACUUGGAAAUCCCUGUGCAGAAAACAACUUCUUUCAAUAAACUAAUUUCCCCUACUA